UUACCUAGGAAUAAUUGAGAUUGAUGUCUGAUGAAGAAGAUGAAUUAUAUAGGUGGCCUAUGAAUGUAAUAUUAAAAAAGCUCAUCGCUCCAACACCACCACCGCUACCACCACCUCCACCGGUGGCCGUGAACAACAAGAUGAUGACGAUGAGUUUUGAAGAUUUCGAUUUCCAAAACCAUAACAAUCCAUUUAUGGCUGCCCCGUUAGAUCCGACGACGACGACGACGAUGCUUUCCCCGUUUCCGCAGUACCUACAGUCGGAUUUGACGCCGUUUCAAUUGUUGCCGCCGCCGCCGCAGUCCGUACAAUACCAGGAGCACGUAAAUAUGUCGAUGUUGAACUACUCGGAAUGCUCAUCGGACAACAAACUGGCGGCGAUGAUUCCGACGACGGAAGCAGCAGCAGUGGGGGCGUCGUCGACCAGGAGCUUUAAGAAAACGACGUCGUCGGAGGAAUCGAUUGAGAGGAGACAGAAUAGGAUGUUCAAGUACCUACAGCCGGAUUUGACGCCGUUUCAAUUGUUGCCGCCGCCGCCGUCCGUACAAUACCAGGAGCACGUAAAUAUGUCGAUGUUGGACUCGGAAUACUCAUCGGACAACAAACUGGCGGUGAUGAUUCCGACGGUGGAUUCGACGACUGCGACGCCGGAAGCAGCGGCAGUGGGGGCGUCGUCGACCAGGAGCUUUAAGAAAACGACGCCGUCGGAGGAAUCGAUUGAGAGGAGACAGAAUAGAAUGUUCAAGAACCGAGAGUCCGCCGCAAGGUCCAGAGCUAGAAAACAGAAAGCCGAAAGCUUGAAGAAGAGGAUUGAGUUUCUCGUAAAGUUAAGGGAAAUAGAGAAGCAAUUAUUGUCUUCUUAUCAAAAUACAAUGCCUAAAUUUCAACUGCGUCGGACCAACUCAGCUCCUUUCUGAAUUUUAUUAAGAACUUAAUUAUAUGCAAUUUUUUUUCUUUUUUGUUUGUUUGUUUACUUAUUUUGUAUUGCACAAUAUCAUAGUAUAUAGAUUAGUCGUUUCGCGUUUUCUCUCUUAAAUAAUUAUUCAAAGAAAAUAGUCUUUUCUUUGGAUAGAUCUCGAAAAAAUAUCAAAGUUAAAAAAAAAAUAUUUAAAAUAAACAAUCGAGUACAAAGUUAUGCUUGGUAAAAGUUUUAAAAAAUUACAAUACUUUUCUCUGCUUUUAAGAAAACCGCAAAGAAAAAUCUUUCUUUCUCUGCGGUUUUCC